AGUUUCAGUUGUAUCGAAAAGGUUAUAAGAUAUAGACGGUUUAUUUUCUUCGACAGUUUUAGCUCUAAGAGUAGUUCAUGAGAGAAAAUAUUUUAUUAAUAUAGUUUAUUAAUCAACAUUUGAUAUCAUGUUGAAAAUAUUUGAACCCCUUAAACCAUUUCUUCAACCAACAAAGGUUUCAAUAGAUAAUUUUUUCUUUAAAUUACAUUAUCGUUUUACAUUUUUAAUACUUUUAAUCGCAACAGUUUUAAUAACAUCGAGACAAUACAUCGGAGAGCAUAUAAAAUGUAUUUCAGAUACAAUAUCUGAACAUGUUAUUAAUACAUUUUGUUUUGUUACAACAACAUUUAGAGUGGUUCGUCAUUUUAAUAUUACCGCUUUGGAAACUGGUGCCAUUUUUCAACCAGGCAUUGGUCCAUAUCACUUCAAUGAAGAACCUAUAAAAAGACAUGCCUACUACCAAUGGGUUCCGUUUAUACUCUUUGGACAAGCUCUUUGCUUUCUUGUACCACAUAUUAUGUGGAAACGUUGGGAAGGUGAUCGUGUAAAGAAACUGAUUAUACGUUUAAAAACGGCAAGCAUUUCAAGAUAUGUUCAUUCAAAAUUUAAAUUUGGAAAUACUGAAGUUCCAACUAUGGAAGAAACCGAAGAUCACAUCAAGGAUAUUCGUCGCGAAAUAAUAACCCGAAUGCCUUUGAAUGAGUCCUGGGGUACUCAUCUUAUGAUUGCUGAAUGGAUGAAUUUGAUCAAUAUCGUUUUUCAAAUAUGGUGGACAAAUAAAUUUCUCGGUGGUCAAUUUUUAAGUCUUGGUGUACAUAUACUGUCGGAAAAUUGGAAAGACAAAAUGGAUAUCCUCGAUAAGGUUUUCCCUAAAGUUACAAAAUGUCAUUUCAAUAAAUUUGGUCCCUCGGGAUCGUUACAAGUCCAUGAUACACUUUGUGUAAUGGCUUUGAAUAUUAUCCAUGAGAAAAUUUACUCAAUUCUAUGGUUUUGGUUUGCAUUUAUUUUGAUCACGUCAAUUUUGGCAGUACUUUGGAGAUUGGCAACAUUCAUAUUUUUUAAAAACGAAAAGUUUUCACAUCUGGCUUUUUCAUUUGCAAAAUCUGGCAGACAUGCUAAUCGACAUGAUCUAAAUUUGGUUAUUCAAAAGUGCAACUUCUCUAAUUGGAUGUUUUUAUAUUUUUUGGCAUCAAAUGUAUCUUAUUUUAUGUUCAGACAAAUUAUUGAAAAUCUUGCUGCAGAAAUUCCAGAAAAAAACGGGAAUCCCAAAUUAUUUUACCGAGAACAAAUGUCUGGAAGUGUCUCUAAGCCACCAGUAGGAAUAGAUACAGUAGAUGCUCCAUUAAUAAGCAAAGAAGCCUCGAAAGCUGACUAGGUUAAGUUAAAUAUACAUUUUAAGUCUUAAGAAAUAAAAUUUGUAUUAAUUGACGUUUUUGAAAAAAAAAAUCAAACAAAAAUUGUAAUUACUGACUAAAGAAUUUAUCACAAAGCCGGCCGGGACAAAGAACUGUAAAUUAAUGCAAAUUUGUCCAAGACUUUAAAUUGUCCAAGUUCAUCAGAGUAUAUAGGUAGGAGUGUGGGAAAUAUUACUGCCAGACAAUAAUGAACCAAUUGCCUUUAAUUAACUUCCCCCGACAUAGUAUCUUUUGUUGUUGUUGGUUUAUUAUUAGAACUUCUAGCUAAGCAGACAGGAAAAAAGUAAAU